AUUCUUAAAUGGCUUGAAGCAGGUAUUAUCUAUCCUAUCUCUGAUUCAGCAAGGGUAAGUCCUGUUCAAGUUGUGCCAAAAAAGGGUGGGACCACUAUAAUUUUAAAUGAAAAUAAUGAAUUGACUCCCACAAAAACAAUAACUGACUGGAGGGUGUGCAUAGGCUAUAGGAAAUUGAAUGAGGCUACUAGGAAAUAUCACUUUCCUUUGCCAUUUAUUGAUCAAAUGAUAGAGAAACUUGCAAGGCAUGAAUAUUACUAUUUCUUAGAUGGUUACUAUGGUUAUCUUCAAGUGCCCAUUGCGCUUGAAGAUCAAGAGAAGACUACUUUCACUUGCCCAUAUGAAACAUUUGCAUUUAGGAGAAUGUCAUUUGGAUUGUGUAAUGCACCAACUACUUUCCAGCAUUGCAUGAUGUCUUUGUUUGGUGAUUUCAUUGUUGAUUUCAUGGAAGUGUUUAUGGAUGAUUUCUCCGUUUAUGGAUCAUCAAUCGAUGUGUACUUACAUAAUUUAGAACAGGUACUUCAAAGGGAUAGUUCUAGGGCAUAA